AUGUCUGGGCCAUUUACCUCGGAAGUGCCGCCACGCUCUCUGGCUGCGGUCCAGGAUUCCUCUACAAAAACCAUUUGCACACAGGAGAGAGAUACCCCGACUCCAGAAUCUACACAAGUUCUCGUCCGGAUCAGCUGUACCGGAGUAUGCGCCACGGAUCUACAUCUGUGCAGAAGGGACCUGCCGUACUUGCAACCGACGGUGUCGGUCGGCGGGCACGAAGGUGUGGGCGACAUCGCGUCUCUGGGCUCAAACGUCAACAAAAGUCUGUGGAAGAUCGGCGACCGCGUCGGAGUCCGCUGGCUACACAGAGUCUGUCUCCAGUGUGACUUGUGCACGAGCGGGUACGAGAACCUCUGUCCAAACAGGAAGAUCAGCGGUAAGGACGUCGAAGGAUGCUUUGCGCAGUACGCGCUGGCCGACUCCGAAUACCUCGUCCGCAUCCCGGAGAUGGUGAGCGACCCCGAUGCCGCGCCCAUCCUUUGCGCGGGGGUCACGGUGUACAAGGCGCUGAAGAUCGCGCAGCUGCGAAAGGGGUCCUGGGUGGCCGUUGCCGGCGCGGGAGGCGGGUUGGGUCACCUUGCGAUCCAAUAUGCAAAGGCGAUGGGGUUAAGACCUAUCGGUCUCGACGCUGGCAAGAAGGACAUCUGUCUCACUAUCGGCGCCGAAGCUUAUGUUGACGUCCUGGAGACCAACGACAGCGUCGCGGCCGAGGUGCAGAGAGUGACGGGUGGCGCUUCUGGCGCACUGAUAUGCGCAUCCAACGGGAGAGCGUACGCUGAUGCCGUCAAGUACCUGGCCAAAGCUGGGACGAUGGUAUGCAUUGGCCUCCCGCCACGACCGUCCCCGAUCCCCGUUCUGCCCGAAGACUUCAUCGCAAGGGGAAUCAAGAUCAUGGGCACUUCGACAGGCACACUGAAAGAUACGGAAGAGGCUUUGGACUUUGUGGCUCAAGGGCUGGUGAAGCCGAGACUUGUCGAGAAGUCGUUGGACGAUAUUGAGAGCGUUCUUGAGGAUAUUGAACAUGCCAAAGUCGAGGGGAGGGUGGUUAUUAGAAUGGUACAUUAA